AUGGAAACCUUCCUGAAGACACAAUUCGAUACGUGGAUGAUAAUCAAGACCGGACUACAACUCACAUCUGACGAAGACGGCAAGGCGACACCAUGCGAAAAAUGGGAAUCUACCACAAUCAAGAAGGUGGAAGCUGAUGUCAAAGCGACCUGCAUCCUCCAGUGUGGGCUGACCAAGGAGGAGCUCAACAGAGCUGCGGACAUCAUCAUGGACUCGGUCAUGGCCGGUGUUCUGAAGAGAAAGGCGGCCACUCUGGAAGCCAUGGCGGCCAGAGAAAUGGAAGCUUUGGGUAUCCAGCCGGUCAGCUCCCGCGAAGGAGAGAGCGGGACUCAAGCUGAGCCGGCCGCUCCUUCUCAGCAAGAUGUGGCCAGCGGAGCCACCCCUUCUGAAAAACCAACCACCCCCGAGGCAGGUUCCGCUCGGGAAGAAGAGCAGCCUCACCAAAAGAGGCGUCGAGUGGAGACCUCCGUGCGGUCGGCAACCUCCACGAUCCACCCAUCCGAGCGGGUAACUGAAUCUGAUCGGGGCAAGGCGCCGGAGACAGAAACCAUCUCGUCCGACCAGACACCUUCGGACUGGGAAGAGCCAGCUGCUCCGGUGGAGGCUAUUCCCAUCAGCAUCCUUCCGCCCGCUCGCUAUUCAACCCAACGUUCGACCAUUCAUUCCCAGUUCUCCGCGCCGACCUCUGACCCCCUUCCAACCGCCGGUACAACACCUGGUCGCGGGCGCACAGUUCGGGUCACCCUUCAUCUUCCCACCGAAGAGCUGCUCCCAGAGGCCGAUCGGCGAUCGGCGCAUGAGCAUACAAUCACCAUGAAGGGCCCACUGGCUGAGAUGUGGGCAGACGCUCGGGCGCGGGUCGCAAUGAUCCCCCUCAGCAAAUUGGCCGAUAGCCACAUGGAGCAGGCCACUGGGCGAUGGGUCGAGGAAAUAGUGGUCUCCAGCCGUCUGGCUGAGGUGGAAGCGGAGUUGAAGCAACUGAAAGCUUCAAAUGGUCCGUCCGGCUCCUUAGGCCCGACAUAUGCCGAGCUGCAGAGGCAGCUCAAGGAGACCCAGGAUCAGUUGACGGCCGAGCAGAAGAAGACAGCUGAUCAAGCCCAUUAUCUGGCCGAGUCCGAGCGGAAAAUCAAGUCACUCGACCAGAAGCUGACUCUGGCCACCACCCGGAAGAACACCGCCAUCUCCGAUCUGGAGAAAAAGAACGUGGAGGCCCGAGGCCUGGAGCAGAAGGUGAAGGAGCUGAUGGAGCAGCUCGACGCCGAGAAGACUGACCGCUCGGCUGAUGCGGCCAAGCAGAAGGAGGAGCUGAAGCAACUGCAAGAGGCUCUCACUGCUUCUCAGGCGACCUUCAAAGAAUAUCAGGAGGGCGAGCCGACCCGCGCCGCUGCUUUGCGCCAAGGUUACAUUCGCUCGCCAGCAUUCUUUGAAAAAAUCUGCGAGCGGAUGUACACGGCCUUUGACCUCGCAAUGACGGCCACCACCAACUUCUUGAAGUCCAAGGGUCAGCUCCCCGAAUACUUCGUCCUUCCAGCUAAGGACCAGGCGGCGGUGCUCAACGACAUCCCUACGACACUUUACGAUUAUUUAGAAUAG